CCCGGCCAUCCCCUCCCCCCCUCCAGGCUCCGGCGGCUGUACUACAAGAUGGCGGGAUCGGUGGCCCAGAGAGAGGCACUUGAGAAACUAGAAGAUAGGCAUUUAAACAACUUCUUGGGAUCUACUUUCCAUGCGGAAGUGUACUUGCCAAGACUGAUAAUACCAUUCUGUGGGCCUAUUAAAGGUGGAAUGAGGCCAGGCAAGAAGAUCUUAGUGAUGGGUAUUGUAGACCUCAACCCUGAGAGUUUCAAGAUCAGUUUGACUUGUGGGGACUCCGAAGACCCUCCUGCCGAUGUGGCCAUUGAACUGAAAGCUGUAUUUACAGAUAAGCAACUGAUCAGAAAUUCUUGUAUAUCUGGAGAAAGAGGUGAAGAACAAUCAGCAAUUCCUUAUUUUCCUUUCAUCCCAGAUCAGCCAUUUAGGGUGGAAAUUCUUUGUGAACACCCAGGAUUUAGAGUAAUUGUAGAUGGACGCCAGCUUUUUGAUUUUUACCAUCGAAUUGAAUCAUUGUCUACAAUUGACACAAUAAAGAUCAAUGGAGACCUCCAGAUCACUAAACUUGGCUGAUCUUGGUGCCCAGACUAUCACCCCUAUUUCGAAAUAGGAGCAGAAGCCACCCUCGCUUGUGUAGAAGAUCAAUCCUAGCAAGAUAUAAAGACUUAACAAAAAAAAAAAUAAAAACCAAAAAAAAUUAACCAAACAAACAAAAAGACGAGCAUCCCAGUCUCUGUGAGCAGUUUAAAUCCAAAACGAGGACUUGAACCGUGGUUUACCCUCACGAAGAAAGCUUUUGGGUAACAGACAUUGAGCCGUUGUUCCUGGAGCAAAACUAUAAUUUAAGGAAUAGUGAGUUCCCUGUAAUUUGAGAGCUUCGUGGAGAGAAUGGAUGACCAUUCAGCAGACAGUUUCACGGUUUCACUGCUUUGUUUUCUGAGUAGUCAAUAACAUAUCUAAUAUUUGAGGACUUUUGUAAUUCUAAGGGAGGACCUUUCAACUCCUAAAAUUCUAUGACCAUGGUAAUCAAGUUAGUGGUGUUGCCACACCCACACCACCAUCAAUCUAAAUCACCUAAGUCCAUUGUACCUGCUUCUUUCAUUACCUAUUCCUCUUAAAAUAAACAUUAUAAUGAUAUACCCAGAGGAAAAGUUGGAAAACUAUGCCCUGUUAUUUUCAAGAUCACUUUGGAUUGUUUGAUUAUCAUUCUACCACUCAAAUUUCUAGCCUUCUAAUAAUAAGGGAUAUAAUUUUCAAGUAAUUGCUUUUUCUCCUAGAAUUUCUUGUUAAUUGAUUUUUUUUUGUUAACACAAACUUCUGUUGCCAGAAGAUAUGAAAUCAACAAAGUGCUUUUGCUUACUUAAAAAACAAAACAAAACUAGGAGAACUCACAUAAUUAGGUAAUUCAACUUAAUACAAGAGCAGAGGAGGCAAUAUUUUGCAAGUGGAUAUUUGAAAAUAUUUUUAUUGUAAAUGAAUGCCAAAAAAUGAUAAAUUUGUGAAGUCAUUGAGGGGGGAAGCAACUUAGGUUAAAAUGGUUAGUAUCAUUGGUAUAUUGUAGAAAAUCUGCUUCAUGCAAUUCAAUAAUUUCACCUGCUACUUCGAAAAACAAAUAUAUGAAGGUAAAGAAGCAUGACAAGUGACUGAUGCUACUUCUUUUUAAUGAUGAUCUAACUUUAAAGUUCAUAUACCAACAAGUGCUACUCAAUCUUUGAAAAGCCAGAAGAUAAGAAACACAUAAGAGCCACAAACAGUCUUAGUACUUCAAGUGCUUUGCCUCUUGUUAAUAAUUCCUCAGUAUGGUUUUCAUUAAUUUAUUUUAUAAAAAAAUAAAAAAGAUACUUUGUCUGCUGGAUGAA